GAGCUUAUAAAAAAGUACGACAACAAGGGCUACACAGUUACGGUAAGGCAGUUGGAUUUGAUAGGAAAUGAGAAUUAUCGACCACAAUUGAGACGUGUUCGAUUGUCAGGUGAUAAAAACAUCGUACUCGGAUGUUCUGCUGACAUUUUACCAGAGGUAUUGAAACAAGCUCAACAAGUUGGCUUACUUACCGAUCAAUUUCAAUUUAUUAUUACAUCACUUGACAUGCACACGAUUGAUUUAGAGCCAUUUCAACAUAGUGGUACGAAUAUUACAGGUGCUCGCAUGAUUUCACCUGAUGAUCCGUUCGUAAAGGAAAUUACUGACUUUUUUAUCGAAAAGUAUAAGAGUGAGAAAGAAAAUAAAGAAAAAACAAGCGACGAUGAUGACGAAAAUGAGGAUAAUGACGAUGAAAAUGAGGAAAAUGACGAUGAAAAUGAGGAAAAUGGGGAUGAAAACGAAGAAAAUAAUGAAGACAAUGAAAACAAUGAUAAUGAGGAUGAAGAAAGCAAUGACACAAAUGAAAAUGAAGAGGAAGAGGAUGAAAUUCCUGAAGGCUUAACUCCCGAUAAAAUGCGCCUAGACACAGCCUUAACAUUUGAUGCUGUCAUGUUAUUUUCCCAAAUCGUAAAACUUAGUGACUCCGUUCAGUCAAAAAGCAUCAAAUGUGACGAUGAUUCACAACAACGAGCUCACGGCAUAUCCGAUAUAAUGGCAAUGAAAACUGUCGAUAAACGCAGAGUCAAAGGACUUACAGGAAAUAUUCAUUUUGAUCAAAAAGGACAUCGUUCAGAGUUUUUGGCAGAAAUCAUAGAAUUGGCAUCAGACGGGAUACAAAAAGUUGGCGUAUGGAAUUCCACUGAUAGCGAAAUAUAUCUUACAAGAGCACACGAUUUUAUGAGCGGUUUCGGAGAUGAAAUGUCAUUAAGAAACAAAAGUUUUCUUGUCUUGACUGCUUUGAGUGCACCAUACGGAAUGUUAAAAGAAACACCAGAUACAAUGCUCGGAAAUGACCGUUUUGAAGGAUUUGGCAUUGAAUUGAUUCAAAAGCUCUCAGAAAAGUUGGGCUUUAAUUACACAUUCAAGCUACAAGAUGAUGGUGCUUAUGGAUCAUAUAACAGAGAAACUGGAGAAUGGAAUGGAAUGCUUCGAGAAAUAAUGGAUGGUCGAGCUGAUUUAGCCAUUACAGACCUUACAAUCACAUCCGAACGAGAAGGUGCUACCGACUUUACAAUGCCGUUUAUGAACCUUGGAAUAUCGAUUCUAUUCGAGAAGCCAAAGAAAGAACCGCCACAGCUUUUCUCAUUUUUGUCGCCAUUUUCUGGAGAAGUUUGGAUAUAUUUAAUUGGAGCACUUGCAUUCGUUUCAUGCUCAUUAUUCGUAAUGGGAAGAUUAUCUCCAGCAGAAUGGGACAAUCCAUAUCCAUGUAUUGAAGAACCAGAAGUCCUUGAGAAUCAAUUUAGUAUGAGAAACUCAGUAUGGUUUUCAAUUGGUGCUUUGCUGCAACAGGGAAGUGAAAUUGCACCCAAAGCUCCAUCCACUCGAAUUGUUGCUUCAACUUGGUGGUUUUUCACACUUAUUAUUGUGUCAUCAUAUACAGCAAAUUUAGCUGCAUUUCUUACUAUCGAAUCUCUAUCAACACCAAUUGAAGAUGUCGAGGAUCUCGCAAAUGCUAACGGUGCAAUUCCAUAUGGUGCAAAAAAAGGUGGAAGUACAUUUAGUUUUUUUAAAGAGUCAGAGAAUCCAAUUUAUAAGAAAAUGUAUGAAUUCAUGAACUCUCAUCCGGAGCAUAUGACAUCAAGCAACGAUGAAGGAUUGGAGCGUGCAAAAGCUGGAAGAUAUGCAUUCUUAAUGGAAUCGUCAUCAAUUGAAUAUCUUAUUGAAAGAAACUGCGAAGUUACACAAGUUGGUGGUGAUCUAGAUCAAAAAGGCUACGGAAUCGCAAUGAGGAAAAAUUCACCAUAUCGUGGCGCAUUGAGUGAAGCUGUCCUACAAAUGCAAGAAUCUGGCGAUAUAACAGCAUUAAAAAUUAAGUGGUGGAAAGAGAAACGUGGUGGAGGGGCAUGCGAUGAUGCGGGUAGUGAUUCCGGUGCUGAAGAGCUUGAUGUUGCCAAUGUCGGUGGUGUUUUCGUCGUCCUCAUUUCUGGAUGUACAUUUGCAAUUAUUGUAAGUUUUCUUGAAAGCUUAUUCGACAUCAGAAACCGUGCCAAGGAAUUGGAAGUUCCAUUUAUUGAAGAGUUUAUGAAUGAAGCUAAAUUUGUCAUUAAAUGUCGUGGAAAUGUUAAGCCCGUUCGUCGUAAAUUGAGUGCUGGAACUUUAAAUGAAGAAGAAUCUAGGUCAAUUUCAAGAUCUUCGGAAUCACCAAAGCGAGAAAUCAUAGAACCUUAUGGAUUUAAUGGACCAAGCUUGAAAAACUUAACAAAACUAGAUCUAAUGGCUGAUCAUGACGACGAUGAUAAAGUUUGAAAAUCCUCAAUCAUUUUAUGAUGUGCUUAUUUGAUUGUAGUUCCUCAAUUCCUGAUUAAACAAUAAAGAUUAGUGGUAUUCCUG